GCACGCAUGUGCCGUGAACCCGGAUGUAUGAGGACUUGUUUGAAUAAAGAACAAAAGCAACGGGCUAGAAAUACAGCAAGACUGUCGUUAAAAAGUAAAGGAAUCUGCUGCCAGUCCGGGUAAAGUACAAGUGCUCGUUUUAGAUGAUUGAUUACAGGAACUCACAAGUGGGAGUUUUUGCGUUUUAAUGCAUCUGUUUUUAUUCACGCAAACGAGGUUGCCAUACCAAUGCAUGAACAGCCUAUAAAUACAACACUGUAGCUUUGUUUGUACUGCUGCAAUGCAUCUGAUUCACGUUUACGGUAAAAAGUACGAACGCGGCAGCAACUGGUCAGAGCCGGAGGUCCUGGAGCUGCUGCAGAUCUGGUCGGACGUUCCUGUCCAAACCGAACUAGUGACCUGUCUGAGAAACCAGCAUGUGUUCAACAGGAUCGCCAGCACCCUGCGGCAGAAGGGCAUCAACCGGACCGGGGACCAGUGCCGGGAGAAGAUCAAAAAGUUGAAGCUGGAGUACAAGCAGAAGACCCUGCGAUCCGCGCGGUAUUACGAGCUCAUGGAGCGGGCGCAGAGUAACCGAUCCGCCGCCACCUCGGGCUCCACUCUGCCUUUAUGGGGCGGUGCGACGGGGAACCAGGUGAUCGGACAGCAGGGGUCAGAGGCUCCCGGGCACCCAUCCAGAGCCGUCGAGAUGCUGGAGAUCAAGACGGAGGUGAUGAGCUCGGACGAUGAAGCGGCUCAGCCUGAGAUGCUGUAUGAGUUUGGACCUGUUGAUGAAGAAGAGGAGGCCGGCGGGGAACACAAACAAGCCGGGCAAAACGCGGAGGAGAGCGCGGAGAUGGACGGAGAGCAGGGAAACGCGCAUGUCAUCUGUUCCCCAUCAGAUUGCAGUGAUCAGAACAUGACGGGCUCCUCCGGUGCGGGUGUAUCUCCGGCCACAGCGCCUAUGGCGAUGAGAGACGGAGGUAACCAUUGCGACCAAGAAGGGGUUUCCGGAUCCUUCCAUCAGAGGAAGCGGCGUCGGGUGGUUCGCCCGAAUGACGGGGUGUUGUCCAGCGCUCUGGCCGGGUAUCUAAGCUGGCAGCAGACAGCAGAAGAGCGCUUCCUCGCUCUGGAGGAAGCCCGUAUGAGACAGGAAGCUCGGGCUGAGGAACGGAGGGAGCAGCAGGAGGAAAGACGUGCCAAACAAGAGCGAGAUCAUGAGUUUCGUCUUAUGUCCAUGUUGACCAGAGUCCUGAACUCCACACGCGGAACUGAAGACCAGAGCGCCAGCACCAGCAGGGAAACUGUCCCCGUGCCUAGCUCCUUGCAAACCUUGUUGCCACAUUUGUUACCCAAUAGUGCCAAAGCUGUUCCCAGCAUGCUCUGGGGGGAUCAGACGCCCCAGUAUAACCCGUACCUAUCUCGACGUGGAAACGGUAUGCGGAUACAUCAGGGAAUCCUGCAGGAAGGAUACAACCAGUAUCACGCCAACAAACACGACGAGAAGUCAAACCCUCAUGGAAUAAUAAACUUGGGAACCAGUGAAAACAAGUUAUGCUUUGAUCUCUUGCAGAAGAGGCUAACGCGACCUGACAUGCUAAACAUUGAACCCGCUUUCUUACAAUACCCUGAUUGGAAAGGCCACAGUUUCCUUCGAGAGGAAGUUGCUAAGUUCCUUUCAGACUACUGCUGUUCUCCCAAACCUCUAAAACCCGAAAAUGUUGUUGUUAUGAAUGGCUGUGGGUCUCUGUUUUCAGCUUUGGCAGCUACUUUAUGUGACCCAGAAGAUGCAAUUCUCAUCCCGUCUCCCUUCUACGGUGUGAUAACGGAGGAUGUUGACUUGUAUAGCAGCGUCAAACUACAUCAUGUGCCACUGUACAGUCAGCCCACGGGAAGUGAUGUCAGACCAUUCCAGCUUACCGUUGACAAACUGGAAAACUCUCUUAAAGAUGCCAAAAAAGAGGGAUUGAACGUCAAAGCUCUUAUCCUGUUAAACCCCCACAAUCCCCUGGGAGAAGUGUACUCAUCUGAAGAGAUGACCGGCUUUUUACAGUUUGCCAAAAUGCACCAGCUUCAUGCGAUCGUGGAUGAGAUUUACAUGCUGUCUGUGUUCAGCAAGAAGCACACGUUUCGCAGUGUUCUCAGCUUGGAUGGGUUGCCAGAUCCCCAGAGAACCCAUGUUAUGUGGGGCGUCAGUAAAGACUUUGCCAUGGCAGGGAUGCGAGUUGGCACGAUUUACUCUGAGAACAAGGAUUUGGUUCAGGCUCUGGAUCAGCUGGGCUGCUUCCAUGGAGUCCCAGGACCCACACAGUACCAGAUGGCCCAGCUUCUCCGAGACAGAGACUGGCUGAAUAGCGAGUUCUUCCCGGAGAACAAACGCAGACUAAAAGAAUCUCACAAGUAUCUGACAGAAGAGCUGAAGAAGCUGGACAUCCCGUUCCUCCACAGGGGCGCAGGCUUUUUCAUCUGGGCUGACCUGAGCAAGUUUCUGAAGGAGAAGACGUUUGCCGAGGAGCUGUGUGUGUGGAGGUGUUUCCUCAAGCACAGGCUCCUGCUGAGCUGCGGUCAGGCCUUCAGCUGUGCGUCUCCAGGCUGGUUCAGGAUCAUCUUCACUGAUCAGCAGCACAAACUACAGCUAGGUGUGCAGAGAAUGAAAACCGCUUUAGAAGAGCUCCGGAGCUCUUUAGUGCCAGAGACUCUACGGACGACAGCAGUCGAGCAGAAAACCAGCACUGGAAAAGCAACAAGAGCAGACACAAAAACAACAGAUGAGUGCAAAGAGCAGACACUGAAGAGCUCGAGCGCUCAAACCAAACUUGAAAAUACUCACAUUAAAACAGAGCCUCUUUCAUUGGCUGAUGAGAACUUUGCCGUUCUUAAUGGCCAAUCAGACAUGCGCUCUGAGAGUCUAGACACUUUGAUUGGUGCUCUGCAGAAGCAGAUCCACUCCUCUGAUUGGCUGGAGAAGCACAGGCCUGAAUUAGCUGCUGGAGUCGACCCAACACAAUUGGAGGUUUUCACAGACUUGCUGGAAAAAGCCAGAAAAUAGACUUCAAUAUUUUUAAUGAUAUGUACAGUUUAAAAGCAGAGUCUCUUAAUUGCAGAAGCGACACUACUGCAUCCCCUGUAAUUAGAGAUUGAAGCAGAAUUACGGAGUCACCGCCGCAGCAGUACAUGGAAGUGUUGUUAUUGUUGGAUGUUUUUUUUUGUACUUUAAUUAUAACCCAGGGUGUCACAGUAAUUGGAGACUGCCCCUUUAAUUGCGCUCAGAUCAGAUUUUAAAUAUCCAGUUUAUUGUCUUUGAUUAUUUAAGAAGCAGAAUGUACGGAAUUAAUGUAACGUUUAUAAAUGUCGAACUUUGUAUAAUGAAAGUAUUUUGUAAUUUUUUGCGAAACCUUCAAUGUACUUUUUUAUUCGUAUUUGCUGCAUAAAUAAAAAAGGAUGUUAUUUUAAUCAUUAAAACAAGAUGAAUUUAGUUAAAUGAUAGUUCAACAGUGAGCUGUUCAUUUGCUAACACUAAAGCCAUUAAUACAAAACAAUUAAGUUUAACCUUAAGUUUGAGCGGCAAAAAUCUGUUGCAGCUUUGUACAGAGACUUUUAUUGAAUAAAAUAAAAUAAGACAUCAACUAAAUA